GCAACUUGACAAACCUCGAACUCAACUUUCCACUAUGAAGUCCAUCAUUUUUGCUACUUUGACAAGCUUGGCCCUGGCGGCUAGACCCUACCUCAACGAGCCCGACACUGGCAUCGACGACGCUCUGGGAGACACACCCAAUGGCACACUCCCUGCUUUGGAGAACAUUGUCGGCCUUCCAGAUUUCGAAUGGGCAGCUCGCAACUACAUGAACACCAGUGCUUAUACCUACUACCGUAACGGCGCUGCUGGCGAGUGGGCCUAUCGCAAUAACCUGGAAGCCUUCCAACGCUACACAGCUCGUCCUCGUGUGUUGAGAGACAACUCGAAGAUUGAAUCGACCUUCACCACUUCAAUUCUCGGCCACAACUUCUCGGCACCCUUCUACAUCAGCCCUUGUGCACGAGGUGCUCUUGCAAACGAGAGAGCCGAGCUCGGACUUGUCGAAGGAGCUUACCAGGGAGACAUUUUGUACAUCCCUUCAGACUUUAGCUCCCUGCCCUUGAAAGAACUGGCCGCCGCAAGACCUGCAAACGGCUCGCAAGUCAUGUGGCAGCAGGUUUACCUUGAUGCUUCUAACGACACUGCGACCAAGGCCCACUUCAAGGAGAUCGAAGAGUCGGGUGCUCGCGCAAUUGUGUUCACUGUUGACAGUGCUGGACCUGGUGUUCGUCAGCGUGCUCAGCGCUACUCUGCUGGCUCUGCUGAUGCGGAUUACUCGGCCUUUACAUGGCAAUACUACCAGAAGCUUCAGAACUUCACCAGACUGCCUGUCGUCAUCAAGGGUAUUCAGACGGUCGAAGACGCCAAGAUGGCAGUCAAGUACAAGGCUCCCGCUAUCGUUUUGUCCAACCACGGAGGCCGUAACUUUGAUGCCAGCCCCUCUGGCUUCGAGGUCGCACUCGAGAUCCACCAAGAGGCACCCGAAAUUUUCAAGCAGAUUGAAGUCUACGCCGAUGGUGGUGUCAGAUACGGAAGUGAUGUGCUCAAGCUGCUUGCGCUUGGCGUUCGUGCUGUCGGACUCGGUAGACCAUUCAUGUACGCCAACGCUUACGGUACUGAGGGCGUAGCCAAGGCUGUAGAGUUGCUGAAGGCUGAGAUCGCUAGCGAUGCCGCUCACUUGGGAUUGAGUUCGCUCAAGGAGAUCGGUCCUCAGUACUUCAAGUGGACUCCUAACAACUGGUAUAGCUAGGUUAUGAGACAUGUAGAAUAGAGCCUUUAUAUGAUAUUUCCAUGUUUGCAUGC